AAAUGGCUGAGCCCACCAAGACGUUCCCCAAGAAGGAGGCCGCGCUCGCUGCCGGCCUCUCCGAGAAGGUUGUCGCCAAGGCCUUCAAGGAGGGUGGCAAGAAGGGUGUCGAGAUCGAGGGCGCCGCCGACACCUCCGGCCUCACCUGCUUCUGCACCCGCAUGCAGUCCUCCGACGGCAACAUCAAGCUGCUCGAGGCUGCCAUGGAGGGCAUGAACGCCGUCCCGGACCCCGAGGACCCCGAGGAGCGCAAGGGCUGCUCCGGCCACAUCGCCAAGCUCAUCAUCUCCGAGAACGAGAAGGCGGGCGCCAUCGCCAUGGUCGCCUACGUCCCCGAGGACAUGAAGGACAAGCUCAACGCCAUCGAGUGGAUGAAGGCGGUUUGCGAGACUGACCUCGGCGGCGGCGUCGGCGGCGCCCCCGACGACUCCUCCACCGACGUCUGGGCCACCUGCACCGCGGUCGAGGACAAGGAGAACUUCUUCUUCCUCAAGAUGAAGGACAACACCCUCUCCGCCGCCAUCGGCUACCUCCGCGACAAGGGCCUCUUCCAGGACGACGACUCCGAUGACGAGGGAGACAACGCCGCCGCCGACUUUGAGUGGUAAACGGGACGAGACGCACGCGCGCAUAUUAGCUCCAGCAUUUCAACGAAUAUUACCAUCUCUAACUCGACU